AUGGCGGGGGAUAAACUGCAGGAAAUAUGGAAUAGAGGAGAUGCAGAGAAAGAGUCCCGUAUGGAUCUAGAAAUGGAAUCUCAGCCACGCAAAAAGUUAUCACAUUCGAUUGAAGAAAUUCUGAGGAUGCCCACAUGUUUCAGAAAAGAGAAAGAAGUUCAUCGUGACUGGUCAGUAAUCAAGGAGAACACCAGAAUAUCUAACCAGCUCUCGGAAACUCAACAAACCAGACAACUCGAAGAGCCUCCAAAAGUGACCACAGGCUGCAAGAGUCAGAGGAAAAAGAGGCAAACAAGGGUCACUUUCACACCCUUCCAGGUGCAUGAGCUUGAGAAAGUCUUCCAGCAGACUCACUAUCCAGAUGUCAACAGCAGAGACCAGUUAGCCUCUCGCCUGCACCUCACCGAGAGCCGAAUACAGAUUUGGUUCCAGAACCGCAGAGCCAAAUGGAGGAAGGCUGAAACGCUGAAGGAUAUAGAACUGAUGACCAGACAGCACAUUCAGCCAGCCAGUCAUCACCUGCUUUCUUAUGAGCUCUUACAGAAGGCCCAGCUGCAGGCGGCGUGUUGGCUGCCAUACUUACCUAAACCCCUCCAAUCAAGGCUGUUCCUCAGAGCGACAUCAACACCUGGCUUGCUGACCAACACACAUUCCCCAAAUCAAAGGACUCUGUAUUUUGACCCGCUGGGGACAGACAGAUAGCAACUUUAGUAUUCUUACAAAUGAUGACACCAUCGUAACGAGAUUUUUGGUGAUACACAAAACUACUGCACGCUGUAAUCUCUGAACUAUAAUGACUGCCU